AUGUCUGCUAGGGACAAGGUGAGGGCUUCUGCCGAGUUGACCAACUCCACGGGACCCGUUACCCAGGGUCAACGCCGAAGACAGCCCGGGGGUGCCUGA